UGCCACGCAACAACUCAAGGCUGUGUGUGUGUGCGUGCAGUGCAAGGGUAAAGAAGAGAUGUCAGGGUAGUGUUGAUGGCGACGGUUGCAAACGAGGAGGGGAGGCGGUUUCUCUUGCUCUACGGCUCGCAGACGGGACAAGCCAAAGCCAUAUCCGAGAAAAUACACGAGAUGGCCGUGGAGCGUGGACUAGAACCUGACAUGCAUUGCUUCAGCAAGAGCGAAAAGGAGUUCGACGUGACGGAGGAGCCGGUCGUAGUGAUCGUUGUCAGUACUACAGGAGACGGUGAGGCUCCGGACACGGUCUCCAAGUUCUGGCGAAAGUUGAAGAGAAAGACUGUACCCGAGACUCACUUGGCGAAAGUCCAAUAUGGCCUUCUUGGUCUAGGUGACACUAACUACACCAACUUCUGCAACAUGGGGAAGCGGCUUCACAAGAGAAUGGUGGAGUUGGGGGCGACUCCCUUCGUUGAGCCGGGAUGGGCAGACGAUGGAGUAGGCCUCGAGUUGGUGGUUGAGCCAUGGAUUGAAGAUCUAUGGGAGCCACUGGAAGCAGCACUAGAACAAGUCCAUUCUCCGUCAAACACACAGAAAGAUCAACUCCCUAGUCAGAAUGAGGGCUCAGAAUCUUCUGCUAACACAACUUCUACCAGUGCAAUACACGGUGAUGCUGUGAAUGGAGAAGUAAAGUGUUCCACCGUGGACCAGAUUACUGAGUCAGUAAACUCGGAAUUUACCGUCUCCAAAUCAAUUACUGUUGACAAGUCAGUAAACCCGGAAUUUACUGACCCUGUCCUCAAACCGUCUACUGCUGACAAGAUUACUGAGACAGCCGUGUCAGUAAACUCGGAAUUUACUGACUCCAUCACCCAAGCUCCAAAAACCACGCAACCUUCUGAAAGUAGCAGUGAUUCUACGGUCUCAAUAGUUCCUGAAGCUGCAGUGGGUCAUGUGAUCGACAAUGGGGCUCUCUGCGAGGUCGAGAAGGAGCUGAAAAGGGUUAAAUUAGGCAGCGAGCCCCUCUCCCUCCCCUCCAUCCCUCCACCCUCCCUCUCUGUCAAGAUUGAAGAGGCAUCGACAAAAUGGGUGGAGUUUCGUUACCAUGACGUCGAAUACGUGUACGGUCAGACGGGUGGUGUUACCAUGGCGACGGUGGUGGGGUGUCGUCAGCUGACGAGGGAGGGGGCGCUGCGAGCGACGAUCGAAGUGGAGUUACGUGUCCAGAGUGGUGGUUUCAGCUAUGCACCAGGAGAUGCUGUGAGCUUCAUGUGUCCCAACCCAGCAUGGGAGGUGGAGCUCCUCGUGGAUAGAUUGGGUCUGAUGUCAUGUGCCGAUCACAUGAUCCAGUUGCAGCUCGCCAAUGCCCAGAGUUCAACUGGAAAGAAUUCAGUUCUUCCAAGACACGUUCCACCAUCGUGUUCAGUCCGUCAGUAUUUCACCCACUGUGGUGACUUCAGAGCCAUUCCCAAGAAGGUGAUGCUGGGAUAUCUCUCCAGUUGCUGUGGGAACGAAGACGACAAGAGAAGGCUUGCCGAACUUAGCAGCAGAGAAAAUGCGUCUGACUACAGGGAGCUGGUGUUAGGAAGACACGUCGAUCUACUCGACAUUCUCUUCGCGUUCCCCUCCUGCCAGCCAUCACUGGGUAGACUCAUACAGUUUCUACCACGUCUAAAGCCCAGGCUCUAUUCAAUUGCAAGCUCUCCACUUACUUCUCCCGAUCGUCUCCGUAUCGCCCUCUCCAUCUUCUCCCUCCCUCACCGCUCAUGGUGGACGAAGAAAACCAACACAUCCACCGGGGAAGAAAGAAAGGGCCUUGCAUCCGGAUAUUUUUACUCACUCGCGAAAAAUUUUUCUUCGGAGGCUGGGAAAUUUUCCCAGGUUCCCCUUGCCCCCCGGGGGGUGAAUUCGUUUCAUCUCCCCAAAGACCCCUCCAUUCCCCUCGUUAUGAUUGGCCCCGGGACGGGCGUCGCUCCGUUCCUGGGGUUCCUGGAACACAGACGGCACCAGAAUCGGAAUGGGACCACUACAGGGAGGGUGUGGCUGUUUUUCGGGUGUCGGCACCCCGACCGAGAUUACAUUUAUAGGGAGGAGCUUCGGGAAUUCACGAGGGAUGGCACACUGACGAAACUUACUGUCUGCUUCAGUAGAUUGGAGGAGACAAGGAGCGGUGAAGGUGAGGGGAGGUAUGUACAGGACGGCAUGAGAAGACGUGCAGCUGAACUAGCUCAGUGGGUGUUGGAAGACGGAGCAUGCGUCUAUGUCUGCGGAGAAGCGAGGGGAAUGGCUCGCGAUGUUGAAGCCACGUGGUCUGCCAUCUUGUCUGACCGUGUGAUGCAGAAGAGAGGUGGGAAGAAGAGGGGGGGACUGGGUGAGGGAGGAGACAAGGAGGUGGAGGUGGAAGAGGGUGAGGGAGAGAAGAUUGUCAGAGAAUUGAAGGACAAUUCUCGCUAUCUUGUUGACGCCUGGACUUCUUAACAUGUACAUACAUGAUCGUCAUAUGCAAUCAUAAUUUUUGAACCUCUUAUUUAUUUGAUAUGUACACAAUCUGUUUUAUUCAAUAUUUAUUGUAUAUACAACAAUGAAAUGUCUUUUAUUCAAUGUGUAUUGAUAAUUAUAUAUACGUACAUGUAGCAAACACAAAAACGAGACAGACUGUGUUUUAAAACUUCUUUCCAGUGGAGGAGUCUUUCUUUAUGAUUCCUUUUGACGAUUUGGUAACCGUGCCGACGCUCAUGGAGGCGUGGCCGGUAAAGGACUCGCCCUCGAUCGGCAUGACACUGUCGACGACGGGUGCCUUUGUCUUCUUCACUCGGAGACUGGAGAACAUGAGCAUGUUGCCGGAAUGGGGAUGGAGGCUUUGUGGCACUCGGUUCCGGGCUGAGACUGACUUCAGAGUUGAAACUGACAGUGUGACCUUUAGAGUUGUUCUUCACUUUCCUCCUCUUGGUUUGCUUUGCGACGCGUGCCGGCGGUGGGGGCUGCAUGAACGCAACCUGGUACGGAACCUGGCCGCUCUUUCCCGGCCGAAACGUCGGCAUCUGUCCCGGUUCCAUGUUGACAUACGGAUUCAUGACCAGAACGGGAAUCAUCGGCAUCAUCCCUGGAACGGACUUCUUCUUUCUCCCUCUUCUCUUCUUCUUCGACUUUAAGUUCGGUUCAGACGAUGUCAUCAUUUCCUCGUCACUCUCCUCCAAGAUGGGGGCGAGACCGGGAGAAAUGGGCGUGGCUUUCGGGGCAUCAUCUUCAGAGUCUUCACGGUAAUCACCCUCGAUCUUCACUCUGAAUGGACUACCUGGAAUGUUCUUCUCGUCCCACUUGAUGGUAAUGAGGUAGUCCCCUGGUUUACGAGGGUUGUAGCGAGCCUGCAGCGUUCGCUGGUCCAUCUGGUCCUUGGGCUUCAGCUCGAUCUUGAACGCGUUUUUAACCCCGUGCAGCCUGACUUUCAGCGUCCCCGCACCAGCGUCCCUCGUCUCGAUCACAAACGUGCUCGGCCGCUCGACCACUCCGUCUUCGAGACCCGGUCCGUGUGCCCGACAUUUGCUGGGGUCGGCUCCCGCGUAAACCUUCAGGAUGUGUGGACUUCCCGGAAUGUGCCGGCCUGACCACUUCACGCUGAGUCGGUACUUGCCGUGCCGGACCGGGUCAAGUUUCACGUCGUAGAUACCGGUUCGGUCUUCCGGUUUGGCGAGGUAGACUCUCGCUUGUGUGCCACCUGGUCCGACGGCUUUGACUACCAGUGCACCGGUUCCAGCUCCGUGCGCGCUCACUUUGAAAUCUAUGGGUUUCCCGAUUUUGAGGAGGGCGUUUGGUUGGAGGGCGGGGCCCCACAUUGAGCACUUGUCUGGUUCCGGACCCGGUCUUGCAGUCAGUCGGAACGGACUCCCGGGAAUGUGGGCACCGGCCGCGAGAACACUAAUGAGGUAGGCCCCGGGGAGAUGGACGAGAUAGGCCACCUGGUAGGUUCCGUUCUUGUUGUCGCGGAUACGCACCCUGCAGUCGACGGGCUGCGUCACGUUGCGGAUGUUCACGACGAGAAUUCCAUCGUCGAUCAAACCGGUCUGUUUUGCGAGGAUCACGAACUGGGCGGGGAUUCCGGACAACGCCUCUUGAAGACCUGAGCCCGUGGCACUGCAGAUGUCCGAGUCAAAACCCUGUACCCCCAUACGGAACGGACUGCGAGAAACAUCGAAUCCUCCGUAGGUGAUGGAAAUUUCGUGCGUCCCAAUCUCCCACGGUGUGAAUCGGACGAAGUAGACUUUAUCAUCGCCGGUGCUCACUUCGGCCACGUACUUUGCACUCGGACCGCUUGCCUUCACCUGGGGUUUCAGCUCCCUCUCCGGGCCCAUUCUGGUGAUUUGGAACUGAACCGGUUUCCCCACGACGGCCUUCCCCCUAUUGAAGACCUCUCCACUCACGCAGCACUGGGACGGAUCCACGACCGUCACCUGGAAUGGACUGCUGGGAAUGUGACCGCCAAAGAACGUGAUUCCGAGGACGUAAUUACCCAUUUGCCGCGGCGUUACCACGACGCCCUGGGAAUCGCCGCUUGCCAGCUUGUGAACGGCAGUAUCGAAGAGACGUGAAAUGGCGCGAUCCGGACAUGUCACCUCCAACAUUCCUUGCCCAGCGUCCCCAGUAUGAACUCUGAACUCGUACGGCGAAUUGAGUUUCA